AUGUCAUUGUAUCAAUCAAUCUGCAUAAAAGAGGAUGAACGGAAGGCGAGAGAUGAAUGCAAGAAUACCGUGAUAGAACAGAAUCAAAUCAGGAGAGUGUUAAUGGGAGGAAAUGUUAAAUUAGAUGUUGAAAACAAGAGUUCUAAUACUUCUAAAAAGAAAAAUUCAGAAACAAAAUCAAAAAAUUCUCAAAAAAAAUCCGAAGAGGUAAAAACACAUAAUAUACAUGUUGUAGAAGUAGAACCAGAUGUGAGAAUGGAAGAAAUAAAAAAAUUCUGGAAAGAAUCCAAACAUGUGGGUCCUAUUAAAAAAACUCGUCAUGGAAAGCAUUUGCCUGAUUUCCCAGAUGAAUAUUAUUUUUCUGAAUUAAAAGAGAUAGAAGAUGAAGAAGAUGACUUUGUAGAAUAUGAUGAUUCAAAUUAUGAAUCACUUAUGAAUUAUGGUUACUUAACUAAUCUAAAUUUUAGCUCACUUGAUUUAACAGAAGAUAUUUCUGAUGAUAAACUUGAUAAUAAGGAUAAAGAUAGUAAGGGAAAAAAUAAAAAAAACGAAAACAAAAAUAAACCAGAAAAGAAAAGUUUUUUUAAGAAAUUUCAAGAUACUAAUUUUAUAUAA